GAAGGUUCACACAUACCGGACUAGCAAGUAGCCAAAAGGAUGUCUCGUCAAAGUAAUUACAACUAGGCAGAAAAUGGACGGCUGGUCCUUUGUAUAUAAAGGAGGCGCGCUGUUGGUUCGGUCGGUAACGACCAAGAAAGAUGCAAGGCCAGAAAGGCAAUCCGGAAUAGUAAAGAUAGACGGAGAAUCGAUGAGCACUGAGAAGACCGUGGACGCGACACAGAUUAAGUCGAUGCAAUUGGGAAGGCGCACCAAGCCCGCGAGGAAAUGCAGAGAACGGGAGAAGGAAAGAAGCAAGUGCCGUCUUUCAAGACUGAGAAACGAUUGGAAAAUACACGACGGCGUGGUCAAAAAUGGCGAUGGUGAGAGAAGCACUGCAGGAAACCGAACAGUGAUGAGGACGGCAGGACCGGACAGGAUGGGGAACCAGGAGAAAAGAAUGUGGUUGGCAGAGAAUUAUUUUUAUUCCAUGGCCCAGCAAUGGCACUAUGGCACUAUGAGAUGGGAAGUGGGGGUACGCAGAGGCGCUACAAGCUCGUAAGAGUCGUAACGAACGGGCGCCAGACGGGACUGCCAGGGCAAUUGCGACGACAGCUGCCACGGCACUCUCUCCUGGUUGGACGCACAACCGGAGUUCCAGGCUUCUUUCCCCU